UACUGGCAACAAAAAAAUUGCUAUCGUUCUUCGUCAUCUCCGUCUUAUUUUUGCAAUUGAAUAAAGAAACCCAAAAAAAAGAGUAUACAUAUAAACAAAUUAAAUGCAGGAACAGAGUCCCGAGCUAUACGAGGAGGUUAAACUCUUUCGAAAUGCACGUGAACGUGAGAAGUACGACAAUAUGGCCGAUUUGUACGCGAUUAUAAACACAAUCCAACAGCUGGAAAAGGCGUACAUUCGGGACUGCAUUACUCCACAGGAAUACACAGCCGCUUGCUCCAAGCACCUCGUACAGUACAAAAUUGCGUUCAAGCAGGUGGAAUGCGAAGAGUUCCCCACCGUGGACACGUUCGUGAAGAAGUUUCGCUUGGACUGUCCCGCUGCACUGGAGCGCAUUCGCGAGGAUCGACCCAUUACGAUACGCGACGAUAAGGGCAACACCUCCAAGUGCAUUGCCGAAAUUGUUUCGCUUUUCAUUACAAUAAUGGACAAGCUGCGAUUGCAGAUCAAUACAAUGGAUGCACUGCAGCCGGAUGUUAAGGAUUUAGAUGACAAUAUGAAUCGCUUGUCGCUCAUACCCGAAGAUUUCGAUGCCAAGCAAAAAGUGGACAAGUGGCUGGGCACCUUGAAUGAGAUGCAGGCAUCCGACGAACUGACCGAGGCGCAGGUGCGACAAUUCCUUUUUGACCUGGAAUCGGCCUAUGCGGAUUUCAAUAAGCUGCUCCACAGCCAGUAGUUGUUAAUAAUUGCUAUAUAUAACAUUUGUAACCCUAUAAUCUAUCUACAUUCAAUUAGUCUGUACGAAACUCUUGCAAUAAAGAACAAAAAUUUAU